AUGACGUCCCUGCUAGUGUGCUAGUUGCACUAUGUAGUAUGUAGGCCAACGUGUGGGGUCAAUACUUAUAUAGUAGACUUAAACCAUGGGUUACCUUCACUUUUCCCCUUUUUCACCAGUCCUUGCACCAAAGAUUAUUAAUAAUUAACAUCCCCUCCGUAUAAGUUCAAAUAUGUAAAUAGUACGUUUUCGUCCUUCUUUAUUUUAUUUAUUUUUUUAUAUAGGAAAAAAAGGGGAAAAGUCAUCUGUGAUUAUAAUAAUAUUUAUGAGGAUGUCUUACUUAAUUGGAUCAGUAUUACAACUGGUGUAUAAACAGAGUUGCUCGGUUUUGGCCCAGAGACGGCAGUUGUAUGUCCACGCGUGCCUUUUGCAGAAGCUCAACGCCCUGCCGACGUUCGAGAGCGGGCCGAUCGAAGCGCUCGAACUCCACAUACAAGCUGGCGAGCUGAAAGAGGACAGACACCAGAAGAUGGUCGUAGGUGAGCUCCAAAAGGUUUUUGAACAGAUUGAAACUUACGAGCCGCCAAAGGCCAGCUUUUUCAGUAAACUUAUAGGAAAAAAACAGUCUGUUAAAACGCCGAAUGGGAUUUACCUGUAUGGUGCUGUUGGAGGAGGAAAAACCAUGCUAAUGGAUCUGUUUUACAAUUGCUGUCAGACAGAAAAGAAGAAAAGGGUUCAUUUCAAUUCUUUCAUGGUUGACGUCCAUUCGAGGAUCCAUGAACUGAAAAAAACAAUAGUUCGAGACUUAACUAGCACAAAACCAAAACCUUUCGAUGUAAUUAAACCCAUCGCUCAAGACAUCAGUGAACAAUGUUGGCUCAUCUGUUUCGACGAAUUUCAGGUAACAGAUAUAGCAGAUGCAAUGAUUUUGAAAAGGCUUUUUACCGAAUUGUUCGAUUACGGUGUUGUUGUCAUUGCGACGAGCAACAGACACCCUGACGAUCUUUAUAAAAACGGCCUUCAACGUUCAAACUUUGUCCCAUUUAUACAAGUACUUAAAGACCACUGUAAAAUAGUAUCAUUGGAGUCUGGGAUUGACUAUAGGACGCAGUCUGCACAAGGGCAAGAUAAAGUGUAUUUUAUAAAAUCUGAAGUCGACGCAGACGAGGAAAUGAAUAAAAUAUUCAAAUUGCUAUGCUCGAUGGAAAAUGAUAUAAUCCGGCCGAGAACGUUGACAAUAAUGGGAAGGAAUGUCAGUUUUGACAAAACUUGCGGACAGAUUAUGUUUUCUAGUUUUGACGAACUUUGCGCAAGACCCCUUGGAGCGAGUGAUUAUCUGCAGCUUUCCCAAGCUUUUCACACAAUCCUUAUUAAAGAUAUUCCUCAGUUAAGUCUGAAGCUUAAAUCUGAGACUAGAAGAUUUAUCACUUUGAUCGAUACGCUUUAUGAUAACAGAGUAAGAGUUGUGAUUUCAUCAGAUGUUUCGCAUAAACAGCUUUUCCUAAAGGAGGCGGAUGGCGUUACGUUGGACGAGCACAGAGCACUCAUGGACGAUCUCAACAUUACGGCUGGUUCUGAAAAUGCUAGCUCGAAUAUAUUCACCGGCAAUGAAGAGCUCUUUGCCUUUGACAGGACUGUAUCUCGUCUUUCAGAAAUGCAAACCCAGGAAUACUGGCAACAGUGGGAUAAAAAGAGAUAA